AUGUUAAGAACGUGUCAGCAGCUCUCCCGUCGAUUCCACUAUGUCUUGUCAUCAUCAUCAAUUGCUCGUAGGACUGGAUUGCAAGUGCCUGCAGGUAUUACUACCGACACGUCACGACGUAAAGUAUUAACAUCACACGUAUCGAAUCGUACUAGUGUCCAUAAACGUUCACCACCCAAGACAACCGACAAGUUUAUGGGUAAAACAGGUGCUGAAAUCUUUCAUGAGACAUUAGCAGAGAUGGAUGUCGAUUGUGUGUUUGGUUAUCCAGGUGGUGCGAUUUUACCAGUCUUUGAUGCCAUUCAUGAAAGUAAAUACUUUAAUUUUAUUCUUACAAGACAUGAACAAGGUGCUGGUCAUAUGGCUCAAGGCUAUGCUCGUGCAUGUGGAAAACCUGGUGUUGUGCUUGUGACGUCUGGACCAGGUGCUACAAAUACUGUCACACCAUUACAAGAUGCACUCAUGGAUGGUACCCCCAUUGUGGUCUUCAGUGGUCAAGUGGCUACCCAGGUUCUUGGUACCGAUGCUUUUCAGGAAGCUGAUAUCUUGGGCAUUACCCGUCCAUGCACGAAGUGGAACGUGCAAGUGCGUGACGUACGUGACUUGGCACGUAAUAUUCGUGAAGCCUUUCACAUUGCUACAACGGGUCGUCCUGGACCUGUGCUGGUGGAUCUACCCAAGGAUAUCACGGCUGGAUUAUGCAAGAGCCCUGUUGUCACAGAGCCGCAACUUUUGGGUUACUAUGGUGAGAAGAAGAUUGAGGGUAACCGUGUAAACCAGGAUGCGAAUUUGGCAGCUGCUGUCAAGAUGAUUAACAAGGCGAAAAAGCCUUUGAUCUUUGCUGGUGCUGGUGCACUGCAUGCGAGCAAAGAGCUUCGUGCUCUUGCGUGCCAGGCGAAUAUUCCUGUGACCACGUCACUGCAGGGCAUGGGUGUUUUCGAUGAGCGUGACCCUCUCAGUCUGCACAUGCUGGGUAUGCACGGCUCAGUGUACGCCAACAAAGCCAUGCAAGAUGCUGACUGCAUCAUCACUCUUGGCGCACGCUUCGAUGACCGUGUGACAGGUCGUGUGCCGGACUUUGCCCGUGAAGCACGCCGUGCUUCUGCCGAGGGUCGUGGUGGUAUCAUUCACUUUGAAAUCACAGGCAAGCAGGUUGGCAAGAUCGUGCCUGCCGAUGUGGCCGUGCUCGGCGAUACCAAGUACAAUUUGCAGCAGAUUCUGCCUAAGGUGGAGACCAAGCCGCGUAGCGAAUGGCACAAGAAGUUGCAAGGGUGGAAGGCAAAAUAUCCGUUUCGUUACCGCCCAUCUGCUCCCGGCGCACCGAUGAAGGCACAGCGAGUUAUUGAGGAGCUGUACAAGCAGACGAAGGGGCGUGAUGAUGUAUUGAUUACGACGGGUGUUGGCCAGCACCAGAUGUGGGCUGCUCAGUUCUACAGAUGGUCGCAUCCGAACACAAUGAUCACGUCCGGUGGUCUGGGUACGAUGGGUUUUGGUCUUCCAUCUGCGAUUGGUGCCAAGGUAGCCAGGCCUGAUGCCAUCGUGGUGGACAUUGAUGGCGAUGCCAGUUUCUCCAUGACACUGUGUGAGAUGGCAACUGCUGCCGAGUUCAACAUUGGCAUCAAGGUGUUGCUGCUGAACAACAAUUUUCAGGGCAUGGUGAAGCAGUGGCAGGACUUGUUCUAUGAGGAGCGGUACUCUGGUACAAAGAUGAACAAUCCGGACUUUGUCAAGUUUGCAGAAGCAAUGAAUUGCGAGGGUUUUCGCUGCUCAAAGGAAGACACGCUCGAGGAGGACAUGGCCCGGUUCCUUGCUGCCGAGGGUCCUAUAUUAGGUGAGUUUAUGGUUGAGAAAAAUGAGCACUGUUAUCCAAUGGUUGGUGCAGGUCGUUCGCUCGAUGAAAUGAUAAUUGGUGACUUUGACGAUUGCCAAGGCACCACGUCGAUCUGA